CAGCCGGGUUGUCGGGGCCGAUGUCAGCGAGUGCGUCGGGGUAGCUCAGCAUGGAGUACGGGUACCUGAGCGGGGCCGGCGGCGGCUUCGACGGCGGCUGCCUGGGCUCGGGCGGCGGCGAGCUGUCGUGGGGCGAGCUGGCGUCGUGCGGGCAGAUGUCGCAGGCCGCGUACCGCUACCAGGGCAUGCGCUACCAGCCGCCGCCGCCGCAGUGCGCGCGCCCGCAGGACGCCGCCAUGAGGAACCACCACAUAUUCCCGCCCGCGAUGAAUUUGCAACCUGGUCUUCCAUACAAAGUGUAUGGUGGGCACGAAGGCUCACUAACGGAAAAGCGCAAACAGCGAAGGAUUCGGACAACCUUUACUUCGGCGCAACUCAAAGAGUUAGAAAGAGCAUUCCAAGAGACGCAUUACCCCGACAUCUACACGAGAGAAGAAAUAGCUAUGAAAAUUGAUCUCACUGAAGCUAGAGUACAGGUAUGGUUCCAAAACAGAAGAGCGAAAUUUCGGAAACAGGAACGCUUGGCGCAGCAGAAGGCAGGCGAAGCUCCAAUAAAGGCUGAAGGCAAGCGGGAUAAGCCAGGAUCCCCGGCAACCUCCCCGCACCCCGCGUCUGCGCCGACGCAGCCUUCCCACCAUUCUUUACCACAUUUAUCGCCACCUGACUUAAAACCUAUCACCUCUGCAGCUAACAAGCUAUGCGAAGAGUUGAACGGUGUGGGCGGCGGGCCAGAGCCUCCAGUGAGCGGUGUGGGCGGUAAAUGGACCGGCGGCUGUGGUCUCUUGCGCCAACCUUCAGGCUUUCCCUUGCUCGGUGUCGCGCCGCCCAACUACCUACUAUCAGACCAUCUGGGCACCCUCGCCAAAACGAACAACCAUCUUUUCUAAUGGUCACAACUAUUCUAAAACUUUAAUCGAUUUCCUAAUCAAAUCAAUUACUUACCUGAAACAAGUUUGAAAAAGUUAAUAACUUUAACACUUCAGUGAAAGUGAGUUUAGUCCGCUAAAAUAUAUCGACACUUUUAAGUGAACUCUGUAACUUAGUGAAUAAUAAAAGUGAAACAUUCCAAGUGCCAAACAAUUGUGUCCAUUAAGUAUAGAUGAACUCGCAAUAUUAAAUAUAUCACUAGGCGUUUUUAUUGUAAUGAUCGAGGGUGGACUUUUAAGACUUUAAAGCCUUCAGUACCCUGACGUACUCGCAAGCGGCAGCAAAACGACUAAAGGCAUUGCGUUUGGAGUUCUGUAUCACGUGCGAAUGCAUCGGUAUGCUAUAGGCAUAGAAACAUAAUUAUUAUUAAAAGUUGUAGAUUAUUUUGAAUUACAAAAUUCACCAUCCAUAUGAAUUUUAAUUUACUGUGCCAAAUUAUUAUAUUUUUUUAAGGUUCAGUAUGGAAAUAAACUUUAAUAUCUAGAAAUCACUUCAGAAUAGUGAUGAGUAUGUAUAUAUUGACUUGUAUACGCUAAAUGAUUUAUACAAUAACUGUAACCGUUUAAAUUUUUCUAGUCGUAGAUCAAAAACCAGUAAGACAUUCCUGAUAUUAGCAUGUGACUGCGUUGUGAUAAGAAAUAGUUAAUAGUUAAACAAUAAAAUCUAGUCAAAAUAAAAGUGAAUAGUCAAUUUAAUUUACAUUGAAUUCUGUUA